UUGCGUCACAGGGCAAUGCUGGCGGCGGCUGAACGGGGCCGGGGCGCCGCCAUGGAGAGCGCGGGUCAGGAUAUCAACCUUAACUCUCCCAACAAAGGUCUGCUGUCGGAUGCCAUGAUGGACGUUCCUGUGGACGGCGCGGCCGCGGCGAGGACGGCAGCGCCCGAGGGGCUGAGUGCUGCUGAGGAGGAGGAGCUGAGGGCUGAGAUCGCCAAGGUUGAAGAAGAAAUUGGUACUCUCAGACAAGUUCUGGCUGCUAAAGAGAGGCACUGUGGAGAGCUGAAGAGGAAGCUGGGUUUGACUCCCUUGGAUGGGUUGAAGCAAAACCUGUCUAAGAGCUGGCAUGACGUGCAGGUCUCCAACGCUUAUGUGAGAACAUCUGAGAAACUUGGAGAGUGGAAUGACAAAGUGACACAGUCUGACUUAUAUCUUUCAGCCAGCAGCACUCUGGAGGACUGGAAUGAAAAAUUAACUCAAUCAGAAGCUUAUAAGAAGACUCAAGAAACCCUUUCCCAAGCAGGACAGAAGACUUCAGCAGCCCUUUCCAACGUAGGUUCUGUUAUCAGCAGGAAACUUGGGGACAUGAGGAAUUCUGCAACCUUCAAGUCAUUUGAAGAUAGAGUUGGGACCAUAAAGUCCAGAGUGGUGGGCAGCAGGGAAAACAGCACUGAUGGCCUCCAGUCCCCCUCAGCUGGAGACAAGCCCCCCCAGGACAACGCUCCUUUCUAGACCUGCAGUGUGGCUUUGCACAGCUGUGCACGACUCCAAGAGCAAGCCUCCUCCCUCCCAAAUCUUCACAACAGCGACAACAUUCAAAUCCAUGAAGGGGCUGAGAGCCAGUCUGGAGAGAUCCAUAACUCAUUCAUAGACACUGCUGCUGGAUCUAAGUCAAAUAAAGAGAAUGCAAAGUUUUGUACACAGAUAAUAUUUUACACUAAAGUUUGUAGAUGAAUUGUAUCACUGUGCUAUCCUUUUGGGAGAGCACUGAAGAUGGAGUUUCCCUAAAGUAGCUCAGAAAUGCCACUGGUGUAGAAAAAAAAAGUUUUUCCACUUCUGUUGUCUCUUGGAACAGUUAAAUUGCCAUGUGCAGUGUGAGGAGGGCAGUUAGAGGAGAAACCAAGAGGAGGGGCAUCUUAGCUUCAGCUUCUGGCUGUGUUCUCUCUUCAGGGCUUGCCAUGCAGUUACUCCCUGAUCUCCCAGGCUUCUCCUAUUACUGCUUCCUCUGGUUCUCAUUGGAGCAGUCUGUUAAAUGGGGCAAACACUUGUUUUUCUGGGCUUCCAAGAGGGAAACUUCACUUAGCAGCUGCCUCGUUAUUACACUAAUGCUCUAGCUUUAACAAAACUUAAGAUCUUUAUUUUUAAAUGCAAUGAACUUUAAAGAAAUAAAGCUUAACAACAGCAAAAAAAGCUUAGGCAUCGUAUUGGGGAAAUGCUCCCUUGGACUCUGAAACUGAAUUGCAAGCCUUACAUCACCUUAUGCUUUACUUGUUUAUGUUUGGUUUUUUUUCUAUAGAGAAGACUAUAAGGAUUAUAAAGCUGGAUAUUGAGCACUGGAGUUUUGCAUCAUUCAGUAGUAGCAGCAUGCUUGUGAGCCAGUUUUUGUGUAAACGUUCAGUGGUGCACUCUAUUGCCCUGUGUAUAAAACUUGCUUCUCCCUUCUCAGCUUUUGUUCUUGGAGGAAAAGAAGUCUGAAGGCUGCUAGCAACAGGGCCAGGUUUAAAAAGGACAAAGCUGUUGCUGGCAGUGCUAUGCUAUACUGGAAGGACUCUGCUCUCUGUGGGCCUCUCUGUCUGGUGCAUCUGCCUGUGACUGUGUGGGUUUUUCAGCUGAAAGCCCCAGCUGCAACCUUGGUUUACAAAACCAGCAGAAAGUCACAGAGCUCACUGGUUCCCAGAGCAGAUGGUUUGCUCUUUUGAUGCCCAGCUUCAUAGCUUGGGAGCUGAUAAGUUGUGAGUUGUCUUACAGAGGCCUGAGCUUAUUCUAGGCAAUGCACCUCCAUAUAGAGUGAGCAAUUCUGUGCCUUAGAGGCCAAGUGGGACUUAUUCAGGUCUUUAGGCUUGCCUAUGUACAUAUCUGGUAGCUUUAGUGGUUUAUCACCCCGAAGGGACUGGGCUGCCUGGCCCUUCUUUAGAGAAGCAAGUUUUGACACUUUUCUGCUGAUUAAUCCCCACUUUCCCCACCCCUGCUCCCCUCCUGAUGGGGACCCUGAGUGUGAGUAGCAGCGGAUGUGCUGGCAGUAGGAGUGGAGUGUCCCAGCCUGCCCUGUUUGACCAAGGCUGGCCUCUGUGCGAGGAGCGGUGAGACGGGCGCUGCUGGAGAUUGGGUCUGGAACUGUUUCUCUGCACAGAUCAAUUCUGAGGAAUCUUGUCAAUAAAGCAUUCCUUUGGGAGAAA